CCUCAGCGGCUAAAAAAAAUCUCCCAUCCUGCCGUCUCCUCCAUUCCCCACACAGCCAAAGAGCUUUCUCUCUUCCUUCCUUCCUUGCUCGCUUUUGGGGUCAACAACCCUUCUCGCAGGUUCGGCACGGAAGCAUCCAUGAGCCGACGCCGCUGAUGGGCCCGCAGUCGCAGGACACCGCGUCGUCGUCGUCGUCGUCGCCGUCGGGCGGCUCGUCCAGGCGCCGCGCCAGGCUCGACCGCCGCAACGCGUCGAAGAACAUCGGGUACGACGCCUCGCUCUUCUGCACCUUGCCGUCCCCGCCCCGGGCCUCCUCGGCGUCGGCCUCCGGGGCGCCGUCGCUCGCCAGCUCCGCGGCCUGCUCCCUCGACCUCACCAGUUUCCGCAUCGGCGGCAGCGGCGACGGCGGCGGGGACGUCCUGCUCCUCUGCCGCAACCUCGGCCUCUCCGGCCCCGACGACUUCGCAAUCUCCCUCACCGACUGGGAGGCGCACAAGGCCUUCCGCUCCUCCUCCGCCUCCAGCUCCCCCACCGCGCAGUCACGCCCUGACUGCCGCCCUGCACGAGACUCCCGGCUCCGUCCCGACGACUUCGCCAUCUCCCUCGCCGACUCGGAGGCGCCCAAGGCCUCCUCCUCCUGCAGCUCCCCCUCAGCGCAGUCACACCCUGACCGCUCUGUACGGGACUCCCCGUUCCGCCCCGAGGCUUCCAAGGAACUGGCCUUGACUGUGGCUGCUGGUUUCGAGCUCCCGGCCAAGGGAACUUCUAGGGACGCGCCAAUUGAGGCUCCAGCGCGGCUGGCAUGGUUGGAUCCGCAACAGCCAGCUCGUCCGGAUGUGAGGAAAUCAGGCUGCGAUGGAGGAAUUAAGGGCGUGCGCCCGCCGCCGGUGAUGCUCAAGCCGCCGCCAUCGGUGGCGCUACCGCCUGCCUGUCUGGUAGGUUCAACGUGGGAUAUCAUGCGAUCGUUCGCGCCAGAUGACAAAGGGCAGGCUCCGGCGAGCAGAUCUGAUCGUGAUUUUGGAGGUCAGGAUGCAGCGGAGGAGGAGGAAGAUGCGGAGGAAGUGUUGACGUUUGAUGAGCUCAGGCUGGGGGAGACGUCCGAGGAAUUCACGGGCACAUCUUCGAUAUCAACAAUAAACGACGAUGAGAGCACAACAACCGAGUCUAUGUUCUACAUCUCACCGAAUGGGAGGUUUAGGAGGAAGAUCCGGUCAUGGAAUCGAGGUGUGCUCUUGGGCAGUGGCUCGUUUGGGACGGUCUACGAGGGGAUCAGCGAUGAGGGUGUCUUUUUUGCUGUCAAAGAAGUGUGUGUGUCCGAUCAAGGGAGCAACGCACAGCAGUGUAUUUUUCAGCUCGAACAGGAAAUUGCACUCCUGAGUCAGUUUGAACAUGAGAACAUAGUACAUUAUUAUGGAACUGACAAGGAGGACUCAAAACUUUAUAUCUUCCUUGAACUAGUGACCCAAGGAUCUCUUGUAUCUUUGUAUCAGAAAUACCGUCUCCGAGAUACUCAUGUUUCAGCAUAUACAAGACAAAUCCUUAAUGGGCUGACUUACCUCCAUGAGAGAAACAUUGUUCAUAGAGAUAUCAAAUGUGCUAACAUACUGGUGCAUGCCAAUGGAUCUGUGAAACUAGCAGAUUUUGGACUUGCUAAGGAGGCUACCAAACUCAAUAUGCUUAAAUCAUGCAAAGGAACUGUAUAUUGGAUGGCACCUGAGGUCGUCAAUCCCAAGAAAACAUAUGGACCUGCAGCUGAUAUAUGGAGUUUGGGUUGCACAGUCCUAGAGAUGCUGACACGUCAACUUCCCUAUCCUGAUCUGGAAUGGACACAAGCACUAUACAGGAUUGGUAAGGGGGAACCACCACAAAUUCCAAAUGUUCUCUCGAGGGAUGCUCGUGAUUUCAUAAGCCAGUGUGUUAAACCCAAUCCAGAAGAUAGACCUUCUGCAUCCAAACUCUUGGAUCAUCCAUUUGUGAAUAGAUCGAUGCGGUCUAUACGAUCUAUGCGGACGUCUUCGCGCCUAAAUUCGUCUACACGUGGCAUGAGUGUAUUGAACUGAGGACAACUGCAACACAUUGACAAAAUUAUAUUAGUCAUUGGUAAUCAUGUGGAGCUGGCUGGGAAAAGGAUGAUUCCUUCUUUUUUUAACCAAGAAACAGGAUUGUCAACCCGCAUCCUGGUAGCCUCUUGUUGCAUUAGUUGAUUCUUUAUCAUAUUUACAGGGGAGAUGUUCUCGUGAUCCGGCUAUAUUCUUCUGCCCGGAGAGUAGAGUAAAUGUGCACCCGAGCACAUGAGCAUAGUGUAAAGUAGUACUAGUAAGUAGAUGUAGAUAUGCACGCAUGUUCAUGUGGCGAUUGCCUUGAUGUCAAUGUCAUGGUGUGGUGUGACUGUGUGAGAUUCAUUGCCUGAUCCAACUGCAAGACAGAGGAGAGCAAGGGGGGGCUUCGCUUUGGAACUUACGAGAACAUACAGUAGUUAUCUUGGAAUUGCUUGUGCCUUACGAACUUAUGCCAAGGCAGGACCGUGCGGCAAAAUUUUCUCUGAAUUGUACGGGCGUUCCUAGGAAGUUUCUUCCGUUGGCUGGUGCUCGCCAUUUGGCA